AUGCCACCGAAGCGAAAGGCGGCAAACUCUUCUUCAAACGCGCCUGAGCCCAAUAAGCGGGCAAGGCACGGGGAUCCCGACAAAGAUAAUGGAAGAGGAUUUGAUUCCGACGUUCUCUUCAUGACCCGCCGACUGGAGUAUUCAAACAUCUGGAUGUCUCCAGAACGGGAGAUUCCAGCAGACCGCGAAGCCCGGAAAGCUGCCAGCUUCCGAAGCCGACCUGAUAACGAUGGGUAUAUAACCAUGAACCCGUCAAGAUAUACCUAUUACGAGCACUUUCUAGCUCGUUUGCAUAGAGGAAGUUUGCCUUAUCCCGAGCAAAUGGCCAGAACACUAAACAAAUUCCGAGGAAAGCUGCCAAAAAAGGUUGCUGAGUUACUUGAAGGACCGGAUGGCUUACCUGAUGCAUUUAUCACUCGUCGCUGGGAAAGUAGCAACCGUGCCAAUCCAGACUUAGAUCGCCCGCCCAGUUACUUCGUGACUGAGUUUCAAGACUGGGUUUUAGAAGUGAUCAACGUUUAUAAUCGAAAGUCGGCAGACUGGGUAGAGCUGGUGAAUUCCGGCUCAGUGGAGAACGCCACGAGGCAGCAAAUUCAAGAAUGUCUCGCUAAUUUGUUGUCCAACCAAGGCCAUAGAAUCAAACCUAUUAUGCCAAUGGGAGACAAGGCAGAUCUCGCCGUCAUUCAAAAGCUCUCUGAAUCUCCGGUGGACCAAGGCAGUGAGCAAGGUGAGAGAGGGGUGGAUAGGUACAGACUAGGAGACCAUGGCAGACAAGGUGGAAAUUCAAGACAGGCAAAGGUUGAAGGAGAGGCAGAAUGGGAGGCACAGGCCAGCGAUUCGAAUCGACGGAAGCAAAGAGUAGAGAUCGACCUGACUCUCUCUUCUGACGACGAGGAAGACGUGAGACCCUUACGAGUUACUAUCGAAGAACUUCGCAUUUCCCAGGAUUCUUUGCCGGGGGGAAGUCAAGCUCAGGCUCAGGAUAACCACCAAUAUCAGACUGGAAACGAAUCUCAGACUGCAAGCCAAUUUCAGACUGCAAACCAAUCCCCGACUGAAAACCAAUCCCAAGCUGGUCUUCAAGCUCGCUAUAGCAACCAAGCUCAGAAUCAGACUGCACAGCCAUUAGUAAGUCACCCAAGCAUCCAUUCCUCUCUUCGUUAAUUCAGAUAUGACUAUAGGCCGACGACCUGGAACACUUUUCUGCGUAUGUCGCUUUAAUGUACAAGAAACAUUACGGCAACUAG